AUGCCACCAAAAGAUGGAUAUGAUAAUACAAAGGAUGAUUACGAUACCGGCGUCACGGCUUGGCUCCAAGUUCUCGGUUCUUUCUUCCUCUAUUUCAAUUCAUGGGGAAUUAUUAACGCUUUUGGAGUGUUCGAAACGUACUAUGAACAACAAAUUCUAUCGCACAUGUCACCAUCGGCGAUUGCCUGGAUCGGGUCCAUUCAAUCAGCCCUGCUCAUGGUAGUCGGCGUAAUCAGUGGUCCGCUCUUUGAUGCAGGAUAUUUCUACGCCCUGUUACCAACUGGCACCUUUCUGGUUGUUCUAGGAACGAUGAUGACGAGCCUCUCGACGAAAUAUUAUCAAAUCAUGCUGGCGCAGGGCAUCUGUGUUGGAAUAGGAGCUGGCUUCUUGUUCGUUCCGUCAGUUGCGAUCUUGCCGCAAUACUUCAAGAAUAAACGAGCUCUAGCAAAUGGCAUCGCCGCAUCUGGAAGCAGUAUUGGAGGCGUCCUUUUCCCCAUCAUUUUUCAUCAACUUGAAGUCCAGAUAGGAUUCCCCUGGGCAACCCGCAUUAUUGGCUUUCUCUCUCUUGCAACUUGCGCUAUUUCCAUUGGUGUAAUGCGAUUGCGUUUCCGAACCCAAGAGAAAAGGGCACUGCUGCAACUUUCUGCGUUCAAAGAAGCCCAAUACUCGCUCUUUUGUCUAGCGUGUUUCUUAGGUUUCCUAGGCUUCUAUAACUUCCUUGUUUAUGUACAGCCUUACGCAAUCGAGACUGGGAUUGUGGAUGUCAACCUUGGCUUCUAUCUCAUUGCCAUCUUAAACGCUGCGUCAACAUUUGGCCGGGUUGGCCCGAAUUUUGUCGCGGAUCACGCAGGGUCACUCAACGUGCUCUUUCCAGCAUUGGCCAUUACAGCUACCCUGGCCUAUUGUUGGGCUGCUGUACACACCACAUCGGGAAUUAUUGCGCUUUCUGCGCUAUAUGGAUUCUUCUCAGGAGGGUUCGUAUCCUUGAUACCGGUAGUCUUGAUAACGAUCACUCAGGACCUCCGCAAACUUGGGACUCGAUUGGGCAUGUGCUUUGCGCUUGAGUCUAUUGGGUUGCUAAUAGGAACUCCAAUCGGCGGGGCCAUUAUUAAUAGUACUGGAUCGUAUCUUGGUGUUCAGAUGUUUUGCGGCUCAUGCCUUGCUGCCUGUGCUGUUCUGCUACUCAGCGUUCGAUUGUUGCGGAGUGGACCGAACCUCAUGUAUAAGACAUGA